AUGUCUGAGGCCGGUGGACGUCGAGACCAGUCCACUGACCCUGUGCCGUAUGAGUUCUCGGAAGAUUAUCUCGAUAAGGUUGACCUCGAGCAAGCACACGGCGCUGAUUCUAUACCGCAUGAUUUUGGUCUGGACCAACUGCUGUUUGUCACACCGGAUACUCUCCCAUUUGAUCUCGAGCCGGCCGCCCCCGUCUCCGCACUCCAAGAGUCCGAACUUAGUGUCACCUCUGCUGCAAUCCUACAUGGAAAUAGUAUCGACAUUUCAAAAGACGCUAUUGUUGCUCAGGUAUCACAAUGUUUUUCUGCAGUAUACCAGCGCUAUCCGCUAUGGCACCUGGACACGCUCGUUGGCAAGAUUGAGCGCGAGGAAUGUGCUACCGAUAACGAGUUCCGUUCUACCUGCCUCUCGAUAUAUCUCCUCAACGAGUCAUCCCUAUUCCGCAAAAAUCCACAUCACGGCUCAACUCGCCUUUUACGACUAACAGAAGAGCUUGAAACGACGCGCGCUCACUCCAACAUCAACCACUUUGCCGAUUGCCCAUCCACGGCGUCUGUCAUUGUAUCAUUGGUAUUGUUUAUUGCGCACAGUGUGACUGAUAGACAUAACCUCGCAUUCUACUAUCUGAAUGAAGCGGCGGGGCUGCUUGGCCUGGUCGACAUCGACGCCCUUGACUCUCUCGAAAGAGCAUUGUACAGACGCCUAGAAGCCAUCCUGUUCGUCACAGAGUCCGCAUCAAUGCCGGUCUACGGAAAGCUACGAAAGAACCGAAUGGUUCCCUGUCCCGAGAACUUGGGCGCCCUCGAAUCCUCAAUGCGGUGGUACACGGAGCAACACCGGCCAACUUGCACACUGCCGGCAGCCCUCUCCGAUAUCCACCUCGGCUCUCUGGACAACAAAGCCGUCAACUUGCUACACGCCCUCGUAUGCCUGUACAACGCCACGACAGCCGAUGAAAUCUCCAAAGUAUCCGUCCCCAGUCCCGCCGUGUCCGAAAUCAUCGAGCAAGGUGUCCUCGGGAGCACAUCUCUCCAAGCAGCCGACGUGGAUAUAACACGCCAGUGGCAGCUCUGCCUCCGCUGGCGAGACGUCUUGUCGACUCGCAAGUCCAAGUCGUGCUCUCGGUCUACUCCUGGGGCGGCAUAUACGCUCCAGAUAAUGGGACUCACGGUGCUUCAGUACAGUAGGGCACUACGACCGGGCGAGUGUAGACUCGUGGGGCACGGGAAGUUGGCGAGUCUUGCGACCGCGAUUCACGAUAUAUCCUCGAAUUUAGGCAUUCUCGCGAGUUGUUCAAGUGUUAUUGGGGACUUGAUCCGGACAGUGUGUGAGACGGAUUAUGAGGGCUUCUUUGCGCCGCAGCUGAGUUUGGUGCAGCUGUGUAUCGAGACGGUCCCUAGGCAGCUUACGUUUGGGGAGCAGGAUGCGCUCGUGAUUGACGAAAGGCAGUGA